CGCAUCACGACCGCCCGUCGCACGUCCGAGAGCACGAUGUACGGCGGGUACGGGUACCCCCAGCAGCCCGCGGGGUACGCGCAGCCCGCGGGGUACGCCCCCGGCGCGUACGCCGCCGCCGCGGCGAUGAGGCAGCCCUCGGCGAUGACCGGGGACGAUCUCGAGCGAAUCACGCGAACCAUUCACGUCUCGGGGAUCCGCGGACUGAAAGGGCAGCCCGGGAUCGCGCCCGGGGAGGAGAUAAGCGAGGAAGACCUCGCGGCGUUCUUCGGGAACGACGGCGAGGUGUUCGGCGUCAGGAUCAACGGCCAGAACUGCUGGAUCGAGUUCGCGGACGUCGCGGGGGCGAUGUCCGCGCUGAGAAAAGACAACACGGAGAGCGGCGGGCACCACCUCCGAAUUUCGCAGAGCAAGACGCCGAUACGCUCGAACGGGUACGCGAAGGGCCGCGCCGCGCAGACCAUCGCCGCGGCGGCGGCAGCCGUCGGCGGCGCGGUGAAGUCCACAGUCCAUGCGCCGUCGGCGACGAUGUCGUUUUCGAAGGGCGUGGCUCAACAGCAGGGCGUGGGCGGCAGGGGAAUGUACGCGCCCCAGAUCAGCUUCCCGGCGGGGCAGCUCUCCCCGGAGGAGAUCAUCGCGUCGAUCAACCAGAACAUCGCGUUCGCGGUCGAGUUCGAGAAGAAGCAGGCGGCCGCGAACGCCGCGGCGGCGGCCGCGGGGGCGGAGACGAGGGAGGUGCCGCCGCCGCCGCCGGGGGGCGCGGGCGCGGCGGUGGUGAGAGUGUCGGGACUCCCCGCGGGGUCGGCCGCGAACGCGUUCCUGGAGCUCUUCGAGGGCGUCCCCGGCGUGGGGACGAUCGAUCCGGACAACGUGCUCGUGCCGCUCGACGCGAACGGCGUCGGGUUCGGGCGGGCGUACGUCGAGUUUAGCGGCGCGGAGGCGGCGGCGGCGGCGUUGCGAACGUCGCGCCCGGGCGUCGAGCUCGCCGCGUCGUCGAGAGCGGAGGCGACCGCGGCGUUCACCUCUUCUCGCUUCUCGUUUUCUGUUCCCGUCGUGUCUCUCGGUCCUGUACGUGUCCCGUCGUCUCUUCCGACGAAGCGCGCUUCAGCUGUCGCGUCCGUCGUGGCUUCUUCGCGCCGCGCUCUCACUCGCGGACGCGCGAUGCCCAAGUCGGACCGCGCGACCGUCGCCAUCGGAGCCGCCGCCGGAGCCAUCGCCGCGGGCGCCGCCGCGUACCUGUGCAACCCGUCCGCGUUCGCGUCCUUCUUCCCGUUCGCGCGCGAGCCCGCCGCCCCCGCCGAGAAGAAGCGCGAGGAAGACCGCGCGCGGGAGGCCAACGCGGAAGAGAAAGAGAAAGACGCCGCCGCCGCUCCCGUGGAGCCGCGCGACGACGCGAAGCAGGAAGUCGUCCCCGCUCCCGUGGGACCGCCCGCCAUGGUCGAUUCGCCCGAGCGCGACCGCCCCGCCGCCGGCGCGACCCCCGGGGUCGCUCCCUCGCGACGCGCGAAGAAGCCCGAGCCCGCCGAGGCGACGUCGCCGAACACGCCGCUGCAGAGCGACCUCGGCGCGAUCCGAGACCUCCUCGCGAAGACGCACCUCAGCGAGUUCCUCGCGCAGAUGCACGUCGGCAGGCCGGAGUGCGCGCCUCCCGCGCGCGACGUCCUGACGCUCACGCCUUCGGUCACCGUGGACGUCGCGCUUCGCGAGCUCGCGGAGCGCUCCGUCGUCUCCGCGCCGCUCCUUCGCGACGACGGGAAAGACUACCUCGGGUUCGUGAGCGUGCACGACAUCGUCCACGCGCUCGUGGCGCACAUCUUCCCCCCCGGGCCGAUGGGGUACUGCGCGAGCGUGGAAGCCCCGGAGUGGUUCCUCAUCGACGACACGCAAGACGCGGCGCGGCGCACGCUGAAGAUGAUCCACGAUAAGGCCCCCGGGUUUUGCGCGCGCGAGCUCGGGUCGAUCCGCCGCGGACCGGAAGGCGGCGACGGCGCGUGGAUUCUCGCGUCCGGCUCGUCGCGAGGGCUGCGCACGGACGACGGCGACGAUCCGAGCAUGCUACACGUGAUCCAGCACCAGUUCAUUCCGAGAUCGCCUUCGGUGUCGCCGCUGCAUCACCGAGUGGCGGUGUAUCGAUACGUCGACGACGGCCCCGAGAGCGGCGGGAAGGUGGAAGUCACGGACAUCAUCUCUUUGUCCGACAUCACGCGUUUCUUGAUGCGAUGGGACCACAUCGAGCACUGUAUCACGCCGUGUAGCGCCGCGGAUCUCGGCUUGGGCGCGGUGCGCGUGGACGUCGUGUCCUCCGACAGCAGUCUGCUGCGAUGCUUCGCUCUGAUGUCGCGAUUCGGCGUCAGCGGUCUCGGCGUGACGGAAGCGAGAGACGCGUCCGGCGCGAGAGCGCGAGACUCCUGGCCGCCGAAGCCCACGAUGCUGCCGGUCGGGUGUAAGAUCAUCGGCAACAUCUCCGAGAGCGACCUGAGGCGGAUAACCCCGGAGCACCUGGAAGUGCUCGCGAUGCCCGUGGGCGCGUUCAUCGAGAAACUCAAUGCGAAACUCGCCGCGGGGGGCGAGCGCGAGCUGCGCGACGAGCCUCUCGCGAGCGCGCGCGCGCACCCGCUCUUCUCCGGGAUGCUCACGCGCGGGGAACUCUCGGACGGCAAGUUGUGCGUCACCGCGAGACACGACGCGAGCCUGCUCGACGUCAUGCGCGCGAUGGCGAGGAACCGCGUGCAUCGCGUGUACCUGUGCGACGAGGACACCGGCGUCGCGAAGAGGGUCGUGACGCACUCGGACCUCGUGCGGUUCUUCGCGAUGUUCGCGCCCGCGGAGGACGAGUGA